ACGAUACUCGCCGUCAAACGCGUCUCGUCCGCCGUGGCCACAGCAACGCAUCGCACUCCCGCUCUUGUGCCUCUGUGCUAAUCAGAUACACACACACACACAUACACGCACCGAUUGGCGCUAUAUAUUUAAAAAUCAGUCGCGCGAGGGUGUCAUAUAUACGAGUAUACCCACACCGAUCUUUUAUGUGCAUCUAGAGGGGACAGGAAAAGAUCUCCACAUCUCCCACAUACAUCUGUAUAUUUUUUGCCUAAUAUUCCUAUUUUAUUGUGACAAACCAAACGCGGAACAGUGCUUUAAAAAUAGUUCCGUUCCCAAUCGAUCCACUAAAUAAAAAAUAGAAAAAAAAACCCCAAUAUCAAAAUGGUCGAGACCGUGGUCAAUGUGGAGCGCACGACAACAACUACAACAAAUGGUCCACCCGGCGGACCAUCAUCCGGCGAUGGGGGCUUCUGGAGCGCCAUACGCCUCAACAUUGACUAUUUCCGCACCCUGCCGGGCAUCAUCAAGAUUGUGGAAUUCGUGCUGGGCAUUAUUUGCAUGGCCCUGGCCGCCCCGCCACUAAACUCGGCCACCUCGUUCUUUAUGUUCGUGAUCGUCAUCUCGUUCAUCAUCACAAUCCUGCUGAUCGCCGCCUACUUCCUCGGCAUACGCGAGGCCCUCAAUGUGGCCGUCAACUGGAUAUUCUCGGAGCUGAUCACCACCGCUGUGCUGACGCUGCUGUACUUCAUUGGCUUCAUUGUUCAGCUGGCCAGAUGGUCGGAGUCCGCGGACAAGGGCAGCGGCUCCAACACGGCCGCCGGUGUCUUUGGGCUGUUCAACUUCUUGGCCUAUGCGGCGGGCACGUACUUCCUGUUCCUCGCCCACAGAUCGGGAGCUACCCAUUAGUCUGGACGGAGCUGGAGCUGGAACUGAAACUGGAACUGGGAGCAGCCGCAGGAAGGAAGGAAGGGAUGGGCCGCAUGGAUGAGACCUAGCGUAGAAUAAUUAUUAAUUGUU